AUGGCUGCUACCAUUCUUAAAGCCACAGGAGUAGAUGUGGUGACCCAUGAAGAAUGUGUAGAAAGAAAUAUAAGAGGGCCAAGCUCUAAAAAGAGAACCAAUCGAGUGGUCAGAAAUUGGAAAAAAAUUACAGCAGCAGAGCCUGGCGAGCUGGGCUGGCUGUCCAUGGCCAGCCGCGAGGACCUGAUGAAGAUGGUGCGGCCGCCCUACUCAUACUCGGCGCUCAUCGCCAUGGCCAUUCAGAGCGCGCCCGAGCGCAAGCUCACGCUCAGCCACAUCUACCAGUUUGUGGCCGACAGCUUCCCCUUCUACCAGCGCAGCAAGGCCGGCUGGCAGAACUCCAUCCGCCACAACCUGUCGCUCAAUGACUGCUUCAAGAAGGUUCCCCGCGACGAGGACGACCCAGGGGAAGGUAAUUACUGGACCCUGGAUCCAAACUGUGAGAAAAUGUUUGACAAUGGGAACUUCCGUCGGAAGCGGAAGCGCCGCUCUGAGGCCAGUAGCAGCUCUACAGUGGCUGCAGGGACAUCAAAACCAGAAGAAGCCCUCUCCUCAGGAUUGGGGUCUGGAUUGGGUGGGAAGCCAGAAGGAGACAGCCCCUCUGCUCUGCUAAGGCCUUCCCAGUCCCCAGAGCCUCCUGAGGGCACCAAGAGUACUGUCUCCUCUCCAGGAGGAUCCAUGCUCACGUCCACCCCUUGCCUCAACACCUUCUUCAGCAGCCUCAGCACCUUAAGUGUCAGCAGCAGUGGGAGCACCCAGCGAGCUCUUCCUGGAGGCCACCACCUCCCUGGGAUCCAGGGGGCCCAGCUGCCCUCCAGCAGCACGUUUCCCCCCAGCUCCAUCUCAGAAGCCUCACCAGACACCUUGCAGCUGAGUAACAGCACCAGCAAUGGCAGCAGCCAAAGAUCUUCCUAUUAUAGCCCUUUCCCUGCCAGCACCAGCGGGGGUCAAAGCAGCCCCUUCAGCCCCCCUUUCUACAACUUCAGCAUGGUCAAUAGCCUCAUCUACCCCCGGGAGGGCUCUGAGGUAUAG